UAAGUAACAAGAUAAUUGUGUGGUAAAAGUAUUGUUUUAUAGUUUUCAUACGAAAUCUGUACAAUAACAUGUUUCAUAUCCAGCUAUAACUUACAUACAUUAAUGACACUUGAUUGUAAGUACAAGUGCAUUCCUAGGAACUUGUUUUCACUUAAGACGACGCAUCGACCGACAGCCGGAACACGUCCCCUAUGGCCUAUAUUACUUCGUAAGGAACAUUUUAUGUUACACUUCUAUUCACGUUUAGUAUGCCAACAUUUGAUACAAAGUCACUUCGACCUCUAAAAGGUUCGUAGGUAUGUUUGUACAUACAAGUCGCGAUUUGAGAAACCUGUUUGGAAUAAAAAUCUCGCGUCAUAGCGCCGAGCUCCGAGCUCUCCCACACAUCAUAUGUCUAACGAGAACUUGGUGCGUCGCUAGUGUGAGGUUGUCGGCGAGUGCUGCGGCCAGCGCCCGCUCCGUCUUCGCCGCGCCAGCUCGCUCCACUUCCAGUGCUGCUCUCAACUCCGACAAUGUGUAUACCGUUGGCUCGCAGGAGUUCUGCGGUCAGAUGCUGCUUCUCAUCAGCGGCGAGGCGUCGCUCGCGCGCGUGCGCUGCGGCGGCAAGGCGCGCGCGCGAGCGCACCUCCUCGCCGCCGCGAGCGCAGCGCUCCACGCGACGGACCUCGCUCUCCAGCCGGCUUGCUUCACUAACAUCCAAAUAACUAAAUGGAUUAACAGCCAUACACCCAAGUGUAAUUGUAGUACGAGAAAUCACUAAGAGAAUCAUUAAGAACUUAAGACCCUGAGUUUGCUUUGAAAAUAUCACAAAUGCUGGGAACAUCCUCAAAAAUCUAUAGUGCUGAUGGUCAUCUUUUGAUAAAUGUAGCGCCGAUGGAAUAUCAAUGUUCUGUUAGCAGAUAUUUAACAAAAUAACAUUUAUAGUUGUGUAAGUAUAACAAGUUAUAAGUAACUAUACUUGCGAAUUUAUACGAAUAUCACUAUUCAAAAAUACAAUUCGUAAGUCGGAUAUUUUGCAAUAACGGAUGAUUAAUGUAAAAAAUAACGGAGGUUGUGACCUCCAUGUGCAAGUUGCUGCUUGCAUUCAAAUAACACUCAUAUACUUGUUGAAUUUGUCUAUAAAUGGCUCAUGUUCAUUCAAUCAUUACAUUUAUUAUGAGUG